UAGUGACCGUGCGGACAGUAUGGCAAAGAAAAAAGAUAGUGUGAAAAAUGAGGUUAAAAAUGUGGAAAAAAAGGGAAAUUUUAGUACAUUUCUUCUCUUUGCAUCCAUAGCGGUGGUAAUAGUAUCAGUUGGAGCGCUACAGUUCUACAUAACCUUGACCAGCGUCCCUGACCUGCCGAAGUUCGACCUGGACACCUGUUGGGGGACUAACUGUACACAGAACACUGAUAUCAGGAAAUUCAGAAUUGUUUUUCAUGAGGCCAUGCUUGAAAACAAACGACGAAAGUUCGAUGCAUAUAAACGGGCACCCCGUGUCAAAAGCUUGGAAGAGACAUCUGAAUACGGAAUGAAUUCUGACGUUCUUGGGAAAAUAUUUGGGGAUUGGCAGUUCAAAUAUAAGUACCCAGAGCGAUUGCGGUAUUUCAAUCAGUAUGAGCACUACAAAACUAAUGUACAAGGACUAGAUAUACAUUAUAUGCACGUGAAACCAAAGAAAACUAAUAUUAAGGUUAUCCCCCUUCUCCUCUUACAUGGAUGGCCAACAUCAAUCAAGGAGUUCUAUGAAUCAAUACCUCUGUUGACUACGGCCAGACCGGGAUAUGACUUCGUAUUCGAGCUGAUAGUACCUAGCUUGCCCGGCUUUGGAUUUUCACAGGGUCCAGUACGCCGUGGACUCACAUCCUACCACAUAGCAAUUGUCAUGAGAAACCUUAUGGAAAGACUGGGUCACAAGCAAUUCUACGUCCAUGGAGGAAACCUUGGACACAACAUUGGCACGCAUAUGGCAACCCUAUUCCCUAACCAGGUCCAGGGUUUCCAUACAACCUUCCCAGUCAAUUUCUCAAAGAUAGCAGACUGGUUGUGGGUGAUUGGUAGUUUAUGGCCGUCGUUGGUCAGCAACGAGUUUGUGGACAGAAUGUAUCCUCUAAGUGAUAAAUUAGCUUAUUACUUGGAAGAGUUCGGAUAUUUGCACCUGCAAGCCACAAAGCCUGACAGUAUUGGUAUAGCUCUUCAGGACUCGCCUUUAGGUCUCUGUGCGUAUAUUAAUGAUAGAAUUCUCUCGUUAACGGAUCCAUCAAAUAAAUUGCGAGAAGACGGCGGUCUUUUCAAUUAUAACACAACAGAUUUAGUGGAUAACGUCAUGAUCUACUGGAGUACAGGAAGUAUAACAACUGCAUUGAGGCUGUAUAAGGAGAUUGCUGCUAAUCAGGAUAUGGAGGACAUACUAGCGAUAAUACCAACCCCAGUGCCCACAUGGGCGCUUCGACCAAAGCAUGAGCUAUACCAUUCACCCGACUAUGUUCUACGUUGGAAGUAUCCAAACUUAGUUGGUGUUACAAAUCUUGAUGAAGGAGGCCACUAUUUAGCUUUUGAAAAACCUGUUGCCUUUUCCGAGGAUAUAUUUAAGGCUAUUGAUAAUUUUUUGAAGUUUAAAAAUAAAUAAUUUUUUUAUUUAUGA